UAUUCCAAAGAAAUCAUUUACGUCAUCCUUUUGGCAUGUCUCUGCUGCGCGUGCCCACAUGUUACUUCCCUGCCACAUAAUUGGUGGACUUCUUGUGUGCCAGCCAACACCAUUGACGUCAAUGGAUUUCAACAACACACCCUACGUGGCCAGGAGGCGGAGUCCAGCGCUCCGCCCUCCCCCCGCACCGAACCUCUGAUUGGUCGAGGCUAAAGCUUCUCCCCAACCCGAUCAGGAACGGUCAUAGGAUCUCUGCACCGCGAUUGGCCGACUGGCCGACUUUGAUUUCCGACUGACCCGUUGGGCUCGUGGACAUAAAAUUGGCUGCAGGUGACACCGAGUGACCUGCGAGCGUUUCAGUGCCGUGGCAGGCUUAGUUGAAGAGGAGCAUCGGAGCAGAGAUGCUGUAGGAGCUGAAGACAUCUUCUGGUAUAGGGCCAGCGUAUGCCACCUUUUUCUCUGGAUGGAUACUGGCACGGCUUCACCUCCUUCUUCCACGGCGGCGGGCCCCUCCUCGCUGUGGCGACUGUCGGAGAGGAGGAGCAGGAAGGCCGGCUCCGCGAACAUUUUCAGCGACGUGAAUCUGUGGCAGCUCCAGAGACUUUUCCAAGCAACGGGAGAUCAAGAUGCGGAGCAGAGGGCCCAGCUGGUUUGGGGCCACGGAGACGAGACUGAACUGGCCCAGGCAUUGAAGGGACUGAGGGGCCGAAGUCACAGGAGAGCAGUGAGGGCCAACGGGAGGGAGGUGCUGGGCUCACACUGGCUACGAGCUUUCAAUCACCUCAGGAUCGGCGAGAGCUCGCCAAGCGGUCAGGGCAAAGACCCCGGGGAGGACAGUAAUUCUGAGGCAGGAGGAGCAUGCAGCAGUCCAGAGACACGCCGGCACCCCUCCACAGGGACCACCGGAAUUGCCGCGGGGGCCACCUCGGUACUAACUGAGAGCCACGGCCGUUCGGGGACUUCUGAGAGACCCCCCAGGACCGGCUCAGGACUGAGGAGAGGAGGAGAGAUCAACUCUGAGAGAUACCUCCACAGAAUACUACACUGACAUGAUGUUGGUGCGGGUGGUGGCCCGGCACCUCCGUCGGCACAUCCGGAUCCUAGCGAUGUUCCGAUGUGUUCACAGACUGAAGCUAGGUUGAAAAGAUGCAAUUUCAGUUGUGCUGCAGGUUGAAGGGAUUGUUAUUGCGUCCUACUGUCUGUCCUUUGGUUCCUAUGUCACUGUUCUGACAGCAGUAUACUGCUCUGUUACUAGUUGCAGACACAUCUCCACCUAAAAUAAUGGAACCAGCACAAAACUCUUCAAAAAUCACUCCUGCUGUUCCAUAACUUCAUGUUGUGGUUUUCUCUCAUGUGUUUUCCUAAAUUCAUCACUUUGGCAUUUGUAAUGCACCCUAAUAUAUCUGGACUCUGAUUUGACUUUCAAAGGGUAGGAUUCUCAUUUCCAGGUGAUUAAACACAAAAUAAUACAUAUUAUACUAUUAUAUUAUAUACCAUUUCUGAAAAUACAAUUCCCAUAAAUGCUAAAUACUUGCUUUAAGUAAACCUUUAGCUCAUUGGUUUGAACAAGAUUAAUUAUGCACGAAGUAAAUUAAAAAAUGGCCUUGUCUUAAUUUGUCCUUUUAAUGAAAGAAUUGAUAUUCUAAUAUGUAUGGACUUAUCAAGUGUUCUCCCUGCGUUCUCGACACUGGUGUAAAAUAAUUAAACUGGACAUUUAUUAAAUGCUUGUAAGCAUGGAGACAGAAUUGAAUACAUACACAGUGUAAUGCGUAUGUAUGUAAGUGAAGUUUCAAGUUAAAAGGCCAAAAACAAUAAUCACACCCUCACUAUGUAGGGAAACUUUAAAAAAUAAUGAUCUUAUUUAAAAAUGUUGGUGGUUGUGGUCUUAAAACGUCCUUUUCCUAUGAAAAGACAGUAUGUCAUCAAACUAGUCUGACCCUGGGAAGACUUUUGCUAAUACUGCUAGUACUGUUUGUCACUUUUAAAUAUGUAAUAAAAAAGUGAGACUUGUUUCUU